AUGGCCUUCACCUCCAUGCUCACGCAAUAUUUCCCCCCCGCCCCCCUCUUCACCGAAAAAGACCUCCCCUCCCAAAAAGGCAAAGUCUUCCUCGUCACCGGCGGCAACCAAGGCGUCGGCUACGAGCUCAUCAAAAUGCUCUACCCAACCGACGCCACCAUCUGCAUGGGCAGUCGCAGCUCCUCUUCCGCCCACACCGCCAUCGCCGAAAUCACCGCCUGCGAUCCUGCCCGCGCGGAAAAUCUCGUCUUCCUCCCACUCGACCUCAUGGAUUUCCACAGCAUCCGCACCGCGGCUGAGAUGUUCCUCGCGCGAGGAAAAACUCGACGUGCUGUGGAAUAA